CCACCUCCCACAGUAUAAAUAGUCCACCCUUUCUGCUCUCUGACAUAUACUCUCCCUCUCUCCUCAGAGAUAGUUGUCUACUGUAGGUGGAUUUGCUUGGUUAACAGUCAGCUACAGCUCAUCAAACCCUCCAACCAUGCCACUCCAAUCCACUCAGCCCCACCAUGAAGCCUAUAUGUCCCUGACGAAGGGACUGAAAGAGCUGAACUUUGAGAAUCCCUCUGUCCCGUGUGACCUAUUGCUGACUGGAGAUCAAGCCUUUCCUUUGGCAAUAAACAGCCAAGGCCAGGUUCUGAUGGCUGUUUCUCUGUAUGGCAGUGGAAGGAUUGUGGUGCUGAGUCAUGAGACCUACCUGUACCUCUUUCCCACUCUGGUAGAAAACACUCUGACAUGGUUGAGAGGGGAUGGCUCCAACAACCAAGUGGGGGUCCAACAAAAUCUCAAGGCAGUGGCUGAUAGGCUCAAUAAAUCCAAAUUCCAAGUAAAUGUUGUAGGAGAUUUUAGUAACAACCUUGGGGUUGGUGUGUAUGUGACAGACGCCUACAGAGUGGGUAAAGACCCAAAGGACCUGGUGGCAUUUCUGAAAGCUGGAGGAGGAGUGUUGAUUGCAGGUCAAGCUUGGAACUGGGCUGCAAAUCACCCAAAAGAAAAUAUUAUCCUUGAUUUUCCAGGAAAUAAAGUCUCAAGUGUGGCAGGGAUUUACUUCUCUGACAUUUAUGGCCAGACAGAAAUCCUGCCAGUGUACCCACAGAUCCCAUCCUCCUGGAAGGCUUUGAGAGUUGGUAAGGACUUCAGAGGUGACUUGGAGUUCCUACUCAAGGGAAUUUCAGAGCUGAACAUUGCAAAGGGGUUGGUAGCUUCUGAGGUUUUGGUCCAUGGGCCUCUCUCCUUCCCUGUUGGUACCACAGAGGAUGGACGGACAUUUCUGGCAGGAUCCUACUAUGGAAAAGGAAGAGUUGUUGUGAUUUCACAUGAAAAUCCUCUUUCAAACGAGACCAUGGCUCCUUUUUGGAACAACGCCAUCAACUGGUUGGAUGAAAACUGUAAAGGCGUCAUUGGCGUUUCUCCAGAUCUUGAUCAAGCCUUCACCCUCUACAGGAAGUCAGGGUUUAACUGUACAAAGACAACGUUCAGGAAAGAUCUGAGUGUGUUUGUAUGCACAGCGUACACUGAGGAAAAUGAAAAGGAAAUCCAGGACUUUGUAGCAGAGGGAGGAGGCCUGCUGAUUGGUGGACAUGCGUGGUGGUGGGCAAGCACACACCCCAACCCAAUGACUGACUUCUCAGGGAAUAAAAUCCUGAACAAGAUGGGCUUAAGCCUGUUGGAGAAGACGAUUGAGGAAGCUUCCUACAAGGUUCCUGAUCUCACUCAGUCUAAAUCCCACUUCUGCCAUCUUCUACGCCGUGUUGCUGCUCAUGUCAUGAAAGGGGAAGCACUGACGAAGAAUGAGGAGCAAAGCCUUAAGAAACUGGGUUCUGACUGUGUCAGCUACCUGCAGAUAAAGGCUUGUGACUGCUACUCCUAUGCACUGGUAGUGUCCACGCUCAUUGACAUCCUGAAGAAGUCAGGCAUAUUACAGGUGAAUGAGAAAAACCCUGCAAAGAAUCCCAAAGAUCACUUUCUCCUCAGUGUAGUGACUGAGGUGUUUAAGGCUUGUCCACAUCCUGAUGCCGUCCUGCCGUACCUGAUCAAGGAGAACGUGGAAAUGCCAGUUGUCAAUAACAAAAGGAUCAAGAUUAAUGCUAACACAGCAGAUAAGAAGGAAUGGAUCAGUACAGGGCUCUACCUCUCUUAUGGUAUGAAGACAUACCUGAUUUUACCUGCAAAGAUAAUCAACAAUGGAUGGAAGAUUCAGAUUGGCUGUCAAACUGACUUUCUGGAUGCUGAGGAGUUGAACAGAGCUCCAUGUGUGUGUGAAGAGUUUUCUGUGAGCACAGAUGUGAUGCAGGUGUGCAACCUCUGGGGGGGGCUCCUCUACCUGGUGGCCCCACCCAACACUAAAGUAGAGAGUGUGGAGGUCAUUGUGCAGACGGCUGUACUCGCACCUUAUUAUAAAUUUGGUGAGACGACAGCGGCCGACUGGUCGCUGCUGCGUACGGCUCCCUCACCGUGGGCGGAGCUGGAGUUUGAGAACAUCAUCCUCACUGUACCAUCAGAGGCUGUCAGGGAUCUGGAUCAUCCUGAUGAGGUGGCAGCUCAAUGGAAUAAAGUCAUGAGGGCCAUCGCUGACCUGGCUGCUAUACCACACAAGUUCCCUCGCAAAGAACGCCUUGUGACAGAUGUGCAGAUUUCUGCUGGUUGGAUGCAUUCAGGUUAUCCUGUCAUGGCGCCCAAGUGCGUAGCAAAGGACUUGCUCCGUGUUCAAGACAUGUGGGGCCCCAUUCAUGAGCUAGGACACAACCAGCAGAGAGGCUGCUGGGAGUUCCCACCACACACCACAGACUGCACAUGUAACCUGUGGUCGGUGUAUGUGCACGAGGAGGUGCUGGGAAUCAACAGGGCUCAGGCUCACCCAUCUAUGACUGUGACAGAACGAACCACACAAAUAGAGAAGUAUGUAAAGGGGGGAAGGGAUCUCAGCAAGUGGAAUAAGUGGGUGGCUCUGGAGACUUACCUGCAGCUCCAGGAGAGGUUUGGCUGGGAUGCCUUUAAGAAGGUGUUUGCUGCCUACCAUACCAUGUCCAACUUUCCCGGUGACAACAAAGGAAAGAUGAACCUGUACGCUGAGACCUUCUCUCAGACUGUGCAGCUGAACCUGUGUGGAUUCUUCAAGGCCUGGGGCUGGCCCAUCGAAGCCUCCACUGAGCAGAAGCUGUCCAACCUGCCUCCCUGGACCGACCACCCGUUGGUCAAGUAUGGCUGAACUGCGUCUGCUGUGGCUGAAUGAAAGUUAAUUUACAGACCCAAUGAUUAUGUUUGACUUUGUGAGUAAAUGUAGUUACUGAAAUUAAGUGAAAUAAUAAGAUCUUUGAUGAACAGUUUCUGUCAUGUUAUUUUGUUGCAACUGUUAAAAACAGCACUGAAGGGCUAAUAUUUACUGAAUGUGCAGAGAUUUGCUCUCAUAAUAUACAUUUGUGUACUUUAUUUUAUUCAUAUAAUUUGAAUACUCUUGACAGAACUCUCUAUUAAAGUAAAGACUUGCCUGCAAA